AUGGCAACAUCGGAAUCUUUAUUUGGUAACAACUUUACUGAGGAGUCACAUGAAGCUCAAGAAAACGUCGAGCCUUUCGAGGACAAGGAGGUGGAUAUUGGAAAGACGUUGAUAACGUACCGUGUUCUUGUGUCGAGAAGAGAGGCAGGUGCAAUUAUUGGACGCAAUGGUGACAAUAUAACGCGUAUAAGGAAUGACAACAACGUGAAGGCAGGUGUUUCCAAGGUCGUCGAAGGUUGUAUUGAUAGAAUACUGAUAGUAACUGGAAUGGUGGAUAAUGUUCCAAAUGCAUUGGUUUCGAUUGCCAAAUCUGUUGCCGAGGCAAAUGCAGAAACGGUCAGACAGGCUAAUGAAAAGGGCACAGACCCUACGAGUCUUAUCACGUACGAGUAUUUCCCGUUGAAGCCACUCACUCAACGGCCGGGCCCAAAUGAUCCGGAAUACGCGGAAACGUUGUUUUUAAGGCUUCUAAUACCAAAUGUUCAGAUGGGAACUUUGAUCGGCAAGGGCGGUUCAAGAAUUAAGGGAAUUCAGGAAUCAUGCGACGUGAAGAUGGUUGCCUCGAAGGGCUAUUUGGAAAACUCCACCGAGAGACUGGUAGAGUUACUUGGAAGGGAAGAAAAUGUCCGAAAAGCACUUGCAGAAAUAUCCAGGUGCUUGUUGUGUGACUUCCAAGGAGCCGUGACAGCUACAUUUUAUACGCCAAGCACAUCAAUGCCAUCGUAUAGGAGAAGGAGGGAGAACAGAACUACUGGCAAGGAGCUUAUUCGUAAAAUAAGUUUCCCUAACGAGUAUAUCGGAGCCCUGAUUGGAAGAAGAGGCUCGAGAAUUCAGGAGGUGAGACGCUCUUCGAAUUGUGCAAUUGCAAUCGAAUCUGAUUCACGGGAUGGAUCCGAGGAAGGAGGAGUGAGGGAGGUCACACUUAUUGGAACAAAGCCAAACAUUGAUCAGGCCGUCGAGAUGCUUACAGAUUUCUAUGAGAGGGAGAAGAACAGACGGGAAAGUGAACGGGAAGAAUAA